GCGGCCACUUUCCCUGGGGGCGUAGUCGGAGACCUCGUCGGCUUCGGGUCUCUCAGAAGGAGCGGUGGUGGCUUCGCGGAGCGAAGGGCGCCGGGGUCAUGGAGCACCUCAUGCUGGAGGUGGCGGCCACCACGCUGCGGAUCAUCGCCGGCAAGAACGACAAGAGCCGUAACGAACUGGGCAGGUUCUUGACCAAGCAGGUGUGGACACCCCAAGACCGCCAAUGUAUUCUGAGUACUUUAGCACAGUUGCUGCUGGACAAGGACUGCACAGUGUUGAUUGGCCACCAGCUGCGCCCCCUCCUUUUGGAAUUGCUGGAAAGGAACGUGGCAGCCAUCAAAGUUGGAGGCCAAGUGAACCAUGAUCUACAUGAACGGCUCUGUGUGUCAAUGAGCAAACUCCUCGGGAGCCACCCUGAUGUCUUCCCGUUUGCCCUGAGAUAUUUCAAGGACACCUCCCCAGUCUUUCAGAGACUCUUCCUGGAAACUUCUGAUGCUAAUCCCGUCCGCUUCGGGCGCAGGCGCAUGAAGCUCCGGGACCUAAUGGAAGCAGCCUACAGGUUCCUGCAGCAAGAGCAGUCUGUGUUUCGGGAGCUCUGGGACUGGAGUGUGUGUGUCCCUCUGCUCAGGAGUCACGACACCUUGGUUCGCUGGUAUACAGCCAACUGUCUUGCUUUGGUGACUUGUAUGAGUGAAGAACACAAGUUAUCUUUUCUCAAGAAGAUUUUUACUGCUGAUGAAUUGAUUCAUUUCAGGUUGAGGUUGUUAGAAGAGGCACAAUUGCAGGACUUGGAGAAGGCCUUAGUUUUGGCCAAUCCAGAAGCUUUGCAUUGGCGGAAGGAGAAGGAGCUGCAGUACGUUCCCGGACACCUUGUUUCAGCUGACCUCUGCUCCAGGGUCACAGCUGUCUGUGGGGUGCUUCUGCAUGGGCAGUCUCCGGCCCUGGGAGAGCAGGGUGGUAAUAGGAAUCCUUCACGUGAGCAGGAGUUGGCCCUCAGGUCCUAUGUGUUGGUUGAGUCUGUCUGCAAAAAUCUUCAGAUGCUGGCUAUGGCAGUGGCUUCUCAGAAUGCUGUAUUGUUGGAAGGGCCAAUAGGAUGUGGCAAAACAUCGUUGGUGGAACAUUUAGCUGUCAUGACAGGUAGAAGGAAGCCUCCUCAGCUUCUCAAAGUCCAGCUUGGUGACCAGACCGACAGUAAGAUGCUGUUGGGGAUGUAUCGCUGCACAGAUGUUCCUGGAGAGUUUGUGUGGCAGCCUGGCACCCUGACGCAGGCAGUGACAAAGGGCCACUGGAUCCUUCUGGAGGAUAUUGACUAUGCCCCCUUGGAUGUGGUUUCUGUACUGAUCCCUCUAUUGGAGAAUGGAGAGCUCUUGAUUCCUGGCCGAGGUGACUGUCUAAAAGUGGCUCCUGGAUUUCAGUUCUUUGCAACAAGGAGACUGUUGAGCAGUGGAGGAAGUUGGUAUCGGCCGCUAAAUAGUCACGCUUCUUUGUUGGACAAAUACUGGACCAAAAUUCGCAUGGAUAACUUGGAUAAAGCAGAGCUGAAUGAGGUUCUUCAGAGCAAAUAUCCGAACCUAGUAGCAGCAGCUGGCCGCCUGCUUGAGAUUUAUAUUGAGCUUACUGGAGAGAAGCAUCCCUCUCGGAGUGACAGUGCUUUGGGGUGUCAUCAGGCAGCAGAGGAAGUUUCAGAAACCCAAGGAGAAAGCAAAAAGCCAGUCCUUGAGGGAAGAGAAUUGUCUCUCAGAGAUCUCCUGAAUUGGUGUAACAGAAUUGCCCAUAGCUUUGACAGUUCAUCAUCUUCAGCAUCGUUACAUAUUUUUCAGGAGGCUCUGGACUGUUUCACAGCAAUGCUUUCUGAUUGUACAAGCAAACUGAAAAUGGCAGAAAUUAUUGGAAGCAAAUUGAACAUUUCUAAGAAAAAGGCUGAGUUCUUCUGCCAACUUUAUAAACCAGAAAUUGUGAUCAAUGAACUGGAUGUGCAAGUGGGCCGAGUACAGCUUCUACGGAAACAAAGUGAGGCUGCUCAUCUUCAGAAAGAGAGGCUUACAUUUGCUGCUACACGGCCAUCCUGUGUUCUCAUUGAACAGCUAGCAGUGUGUGUCAGCAGGGCAGAGCCAGUGUUGCUGGUGGGAGAGACUGGGACUGGCAAAACUUCUGCUGUUCAGUACUUGGGUCACAUUACAGGACACCGUUUGAGGGUUGUCAAUAUGAAUCAACAAAGUGACACUGCAGACUUACUUGGAGGUUACAAACCAGUGGACCAUAGGCUGAUUUGGCUACCCCUGCGGGAGGCAUUUGAAGAACUUUUCGUGCAGACAUUCUCCAAGAAACAAAACUUUACCUUCUUGGGACACAUUCAGACCUGCUAUAGGCAGAAACGGUGGCACGAUCUCCUCAAACUGAUGCAGCAUGUGUACAAGUCUGCUGCCAACAAGGAUGCAAAAGAGAACGAGACUGGAUUGCUUUUAAAGGAGAAAUGGGAAGCCUUUGGUCUUAGACUCAACCAUGCUCAACAGCAGAUGAAAAUGACUGAAAAUGCCCUGUUGUUUGCAUUUGUAGAGGGCACAUUAGUUCAGGCAGUAAAGAAAGGGGAGUGGAUCCUGUUGGAUGAAAUUAAUUUGGCUGCUCCUGAAACGUUAGAAUGUCUGAGUGGUUUAUUGGAAGGAUCCUCUGGCUCUCUGGUGUUGCUGGAUCGAGGAGACACAGAGCCACUGGUUCGUCAUCCUGACUUUCGCUUAUUUGCUUGCAUGAAUCCAGCUACUGAUGUGGGCAAAAGAAAUCUGCCCCCAGGAAUAAGAAACAGGUUCACAGAAAUUUAUGUAGAAGAAUUAGAAAGUAAAGAAGACUUACAAAUUCUUAUCGUGGAUUAUCUGAAAGGACUGAGUGUGAACAAGAGUACAGUUCAAGGGAUUAUAAACUUCUACACAGCUUUGCGGAAAGAGUCUGGGACGAAAUUGGUGGAUGGGACCGGCCAUAGACCUCACUACAGCCUCCGGACUCUUUGCAGGGCCCUGCGAUUUGCAGCUACCAAUCCAUGUGGCAACAUCCAGCGCUCGCUCUAUGAGGGCUUUUGUUUGGGUUUUUUAACACAGCUUGACAGGGCAUCUUAUCCCAGAGUUCAGAAACUCAUUUGUCAGCACAUCAUCUCUGGCAAUGUCAAAAGUCUGCUGAAGCAGCCUAUUCCAGAGCCGAAAGGAGGUCGGCUUAUUCAGGUAGAAGGCUACUGGAUUUCAGUGGGUGACAAGGAGCCUACAAUUGAUGAAUCUUAUGUUCUGACGUCCUCUGUUAAGCUAAACCUGAGAGAUAUCGUCCGAGUGGUGUCUGCAGGAACCUAUCCUGUACUGAUUCAGGGAGAGACAUCUGUUGGUAAAACAAGCCUGAUCCGCUGGUUGGCUGCAGCUACUGGCAACCACUGCGUGCGGAUUAACAACCACGAACACACGGAUAUUCAGGAAUACAUAGGGUGUUACACAUCCAGCUCUUCCGGGAAGCUUGUCUUUAAGGAAGGUGUUCUUAUUGAUGCUAUGAGACGGGGCUACUGGAUUAUUUUAGAUGAAUUAAAUUUGGCACCUACUGAUGUCCUGGAGGCACUGAAUAGACUGCUGGAUGAUAACCGGGAAUUGCUAAUAACAGAAACACAAGAAGUUGUCAGAGCACAUCCUCGGUUCAUGCUUUUUGCCACUCAGAACCCCCCAGGACUUUAUGGGGGUAGAAAGGUGCUUUCUAGAGCCUUUAGGAAUCGGUUUGUGGAACUACACUUUGAUGAACUGCCCAGCUCUGAGUUGGAAACAAUCUUGCACAAGCGCUGUAGUCUGCCGCCCUCCUAUUGCAGCAAAUUGGUUAAAGUCAUGCUGGAUCUCCAGUCAUAUCGCAGGAGUUCUUCUGUCUUUGCUGGAAAGCAGGGUUUCAUCACUCUGCGAGAUCUGUUCCGCUGGGCUGAACGCUACCGGCUGGCUGAGCAGACGGACAAGGACUAUGAUUGGCUUCAGCACUUAGCCAAUGAUGGCUUCAUGCUUCUAGCAGGUCGAGUCAGGAAGCAGGAAGAGGUUGAUGUGAUUCAGCAAGUUCUUGAGAAACAUUUCAAGAAAAAACUAUGCCCCAACUCACUUUUCUCCAAGGGAAAUGUGCUGAAAUUACUGGGUAAAUUGUCUCCCCAAUUGUCCAUGUUGGAAACUAAGUUCAGACAUGUCGUGUGGACCACAGCCAUGCGGAGAUUGGCCAUGCUAGUGGGACGAGCAUUGGAAUUUGGUGAACCUGUGUUGUUGGUUGGAGACACUGGGUGUGGGAAAACUACGAUCUGUCAGUUGUUUGCAGCUUUAGCAAAUCAGAAAUUAUAUUCUGUGAACUGCCACUUACACAUGGAGACCUCGGAUUUCCUGGGGGGGCUGCGACCAGUGAGGCAGAAGCAAAGUGACAAGGAAGAAGUGGACACGUCAAAGCUUUUUGAAUGGCAUGAUGGGCCUCUGGUUAUGGCCAUGAAAGAGGAUGGUUUUUUCCUCUUGGAUGAGAUCUCGCUAGCAGAUGAUUCUGUUCUUGAAAGACUCAAUAGCGUCCUUGAGGUGGAGAAGUCUCUGGUAUUAGCUGAGAAAGGGAGCUCAGAGGAUAAGGAUAAUGAAGUGGAGCUGUUGACUGCUGGGAAAAAAUUCCGUAUCUUAGCCACCAUGAACCCUGGGGGUGACUUUGGAAAAAAAGAGUUGUCUCCUGCCUUGAGAAAUCGGUUUACGGAAAUAUGGUGUCCUCAGAGUACAAGCCGUGAAGAUUUGAUUCAGAUUAUCAAUUGUAAUCUUCAUCCAGGAUUGUCCCUGAGCAGAAUGGAUCAUAAAGGGGUUGACAUAGCUGAAGUGAUGCUGGAUUUCAUUGAUUGGCUGACCCGCCAGGAGUUUGGCCGAAAGUGCGUGGUCAGUAUCAGAGAUCUCCUCUCGUGGGUAAACUUCAUGAACACAAUGGUGAAGGAAGCUGAUUCGAAAAGGCCAGACACCAUCUCUACAGUCACAUCUUUUGUUCAUGCUGCCUGCCUGGUGUACAUAGAUGGAAUAGGUUCAGGGGUAACUUCCUCUGGGUUUGGCACAGCUCUCUUGGCUCGCGAAGAAUGCCUGAAAUUCCUUAUCAAGAGACUUUCCAAGAUAGUCCAACUUACAGAGUGUCAGAAAAAGGAAUUGAAGAUUUAUAGCAUGCUCAAAGCCAAAGAAUUCACUGGGAUAGAUAACCUUUGGGGAAUUCAUCCAUUUUUUAUUCCAAGGGGUCCUGUCUUCCACAGGAAUAAUAUCACCGAUUAUGCACUCAAUGCAGCCACUACAGCUAUGAAUGCCCAGAGGCUUUUACGAGCUACCAAACUGAACAAACCCAUUCUUUUGGAAGGCUCGCCCGGUGUUGGCAAGACAAGCUUGGUUGCAGCAUUAGCAAAGGCUUCAGGACAUACUCUCGUUCGAAUCAACUUAUCGGAGCAGACAGACAUCACAGACCUGUUUGGAGCAGAUCUCCCUGUUGAAGGUGGUAAGGGAGGAGAAUUUGCCUGGCGUGAUGGCCCCCUGCUGGCAGCUCUGAAGGCAGGGCACUGGGUUGUGUUGGAUGAGCUUAACCUGGCUUCUCAGUCUGUAUUGGAAGGACUCAAUGCUUGCUUUGACCAUCGAGGAGAGAUCUUCGUACCAGAAUUGGGGAUGACUUUUCAAGUACAGCAUGAAAAGACAAAGAUUUUUGGAUGUCAGAAUCCUUUUAGACAAGGAGGUGGGAGGAAGGGCUUACCCAGGUCUUUCCUUAACAGAUUUACUCAGGUUUUUGUGGAUCCUCUUACAGUAAUUGACAUGGAAUUUAUUGCCAGUACUUUGUUUCCAGCCAUUGACAAAACUAUUAUUAAGAAAAUGGUCGUUUUUAAUAACCAAAUUGAUCACGAAGUGACUGUUGAGAAGAAAUGGGGCCAAAAAGGAGGACCUUGGGAGUUCAAUCUCCGGGAUCUUUUUCGCUGGUGUCAGUUGAUGCUCGUCGACCAGUCCCCUGGUUAUUACGAUCCUGGCCAGCAUGUGUUUUUGGUCUAUGGGGAAAGGAUGAGAACCCGGGAAGACAAAGAAAAGGUCAUUGCUGUAUUCAAGGAUGUAUUUGGUUCAAAUUCUACUCCAUACCUGGGGACCAGACUGUUUCAUAUCACUCCCUAUGAUGUCCAGCUAGGCUAUUCAGUUCUUUCCCGGGGCACCUAUGUUCCUCACCCAUCACGCAGACCCCUGUCACUCCUGCAUCAGUCAUUCCAGUCAUUGGAGCCGAUCAUGAAGUGUGUGCAGAUGAGCUGGAUGGUCAUCCUUGUGGGUCCAGCCUCAGUGGGCAAGACCAGCCUGGUCCAGCUUCUUGCACACUUGACUGGUCACCCACUAAAGAUCAUGGCUAUGAACAGCGCAGUCGAUACCACGGAACUUCUGGGUGGAUUUGAGCAGGUUGAUCUUAGGCGACCUUGGAAGCAGCUGCUGGAGAAGGUGGAAGACACAGUGAGGGCCCUGCUGCGGGACAGCUUGCUGGUCAGUGCUGAUGAUGCUGAGGUAGUGCUGCGAGCCUGGAGUCACUUCCUCCUGACAUACAAGCCUCAGUGUUUUGAAGAUGGUGGCAAAGGCAUCACAGUGGAGGUUGUCAAUAAACUGGAAGCAGUGUUACUGCUCAUGCAGCGGCUUAACAAUAAGAUCAACUCUUACUCCAAGGCAGAGUUUGCCAGACUUGUGGAAGACUUCCGAAGUUUCGGGGUGAAGCUUAUGCAGUCAGCCAGUGGCUGUAGCCAGGGCACUUUUGAAUGGGUAGACAGCAUGUUGGUGCAGGCCCUGAAGUCUGGAGACUGGCUGCUGCUGGACAACGUUAACUUCUGCAACCCAUCAGUGCUGGAUCGUUUGAAUGCGUUGCUUGAGCCUGGAGGCGUCCUCACUGUUAGUGAGAGAGGAAUGGUAGAUGGAUCUAUUCCCACGAUAACACCACAUCCCAAUUUCAGACUUUUUCUUUCAAUGGAUCCUGUUCAUGGAGAAAUAUCCCGAGCGAUGAGGAAUCGUGGACUUGAAAUCUACAUUUCAGGAGAAGGAGAUGGGUGCAUCCCAGACACUCUGGAUCUGAAAGUCCUGCUGCACAGUCUUGGGUUGGUGGGAGACAGUGUAUGUGACAUCCUCUUGGCUCUGCACACAGAGAUCCGAACUACUGUUACAGGUUCUCCAAUAUUGUCUGUGUCAGCCCUGAUCCAGACAGCUGUGUUUAUUGUCCAAGGCUUGCAGAGGGGCCUGAGUUUGGUCAGAUCCUUUUCGGAAGCAUGCUGGACAGUGUAUGUCCGUUCCCAGCAUUCCUCAGCAAACCAGAAGCUUGUACAGGCCUUACUGGAGAAGCAUCUUGCCACUCUUCGAGCACAUGAAGCCUGGGGAAAUUCAGUUCUUGCUAUGGGAUUAUGGCCAGAUUCGAUGCCCUCAGCUCUCUUUGCUACUGAAGAUUCUCACCUCUCCACAGUUCGAAGUGAUGGGCAGAUCCUGGCAUAUUGCCUCAACAGGUUGAGCAUGAAAACCAACAGCUGGGCAAGGAGUCAGCCUCUUACCUUGCCAGACUUGGAGAAGAUCAUGCAGUCUCCCAACCCUGACAACCUGAAGUUCAGCGUAGUGGAAGUGGAUCCUUGCUGGAUUGAUGAGCUGGAUGUUUUGGCCAUGGGUGUUAAAUUGGUCAUUGAAAGAGCAACCAAUCAGGACUGGAUGCUUAGAGUUAAAUGGCUUUAUCAUUUAGCUAAGAACGUACCACAGGGGCUUGAAUCAGUGCAGAUUCAUCUGGAAGCCAGUGCCACAUGUCUCAGAAAUUUUUACUCCAAUUCUCUCUCAUCUGGGAUCAGCAGUAUCUUCAAAAUAUUACAGCCAAAUGUAACAGAUGAGUUUGUGGUUCCUCUGGACCCCCGAUGGAAUAUGCAGGCUUUGGACAUCAUUAAAAAUUCAAUGGACUUUGACCCACAGAAGGAACCGCAGCUGUUCACCCUUUUGGAAUCUGAGGCAAACAAGACCAUCAUAUAUCUUGAUAGGGAGAAACGGAUAUUUACUGAAGCCAACUUAAUUUCUGUUGGUGUUAAAAAGCUAAAUAGUGUUUUGAGAAUGUCUUUUGAAUUCCAUAAAGAUCCAGAGAGCUAUCACAGCCUGCCUCAUGAGAUUGUGGUCAAUCUUGCUGCCUUUUUUAAACUCUUUGAUGCACUAAUCCUGCUGUGGGUACAGUCCUCCCAAGGGAUGGUGUCUGAUGCCUGUGUCAGUGAGAUCUUAGGCUCUGUGCAGUGGCGGGACCGGUUUUGGAUGGUGGCUGACACAGUCAAAGUGGAUGCUUCUGGUCUGGCCCUGCUUGCUCUCCAUUGGCACUGGGUUUCAAAGCAUUUGGUCCGUCAGAUCCCCCAACUUCUACUGCAUCAUGAAGAGAAGUAUUACAAAGAGCUUCAGACAGUCUCAGAACAUAUUCAGAGUUGUUUGGGGAGCCCAACUGGUGGCUUCCCUGGUGUAAAGAAGUUGCAGAAGUUCCUGGGACGACCAGUUCCAUUUAAGGACAAGCUGCUGGUGGAUUGUUUUAUGCAAUUGAAAGUCCUUCACAAAGCCCUUGCGAUCAGGGUGUGGACACCUGCAUUUGGGGAGAGCGGAUGGCAGGAAGAUAUUAAUCGUCUCCAAGUGGUUGCUUCUGAAUGGACAGUAAAAGCAAGCCUCUUGCAGGCCUGGGGACUGAUCUUCAGAGCUAAUACUCUAGAAGAUGUCAAGCUAGAUCAAUUGAAGAGUCUUGUGAAUGCCCAGUGUUUAGAAUUAAAAGCCAAAGGGCUUCCACUUGAAUUUAUGGAGAAAAAGCAAUGUGAAACGUCCUCCCCAGCCCAGCCAGGCAUUGCCUGCUUACCUCGACUCACUCGGAGUGUUCAGUUGUGGCCUGCCAUGGAGUACCUGGCUAUGCUUUGGCAGUACAAAAUGGUAGCAGAUAUCAUGACACGGGCUUUUCUGAGAGGGUCCAGCAAAACUUGGCAACCCCAGAUGGAUGAGAUAACUCAUCACAUCAUGUUUUGUCUUAAGUAUACACCAAUCACUCCUCAGGAACUUCAAGACUUGUGGUCCUUACUACAUUAUCAGAAGGUGUCUGCUGAAGACGUUUUCUCUUUGUGGUCUGAACUACUCGCUUCUACAUUUGCAUCUUUCUGGAGCAGCACUGUGACCACAAAUCCAGAGUACUGGCUUGCGUGGAACCCUCUGCCUGGUAUGCAACAACAGGAGAUGCCCAAGUCCCUUUUGGACUCCACAUUGAAGGGCCCUGGCAGUCUCGGGAGGGCCAUGUUCUCUAAGUGUUGCCUUGACAUCUUGAGCAGCAGCUGCAGAGCCAAACCCUGGGAUGUGAGCGGCCUCCCCAUCCUGUCCUCCUCACAUGUGACCCUAGGAGAGUGGGCAGAGAGAACCCAGCAAAUCCAGGACAUCAGAUCGAUGCUUUGGACCAACAUGACUGUCAAUUCUCUGGCAGACUUCAGACGCACGGAUUCCCAGCUCCAGGGCCUGUUGCUGUGUCGGCACCUUGUGGGCCUGGCGGAGCUGCUGCCAGAGCCACGGCGACAGGAGCAUAUACACAACUGUGAGCAGCUGCUACUUGGGAACAGCCAGGCGUUCCAGCCUGUGGCCCAGGUCCUUGGUGAUAUGGCCAGUGAGGACACACUGCCCAAAGAGCUACUGUGUCUCUUACUCAACUCCCUGCGCCACCUUUUUGGAGAUGCAGAAAGUAAAAGGAACCUUCCUGAGCCUGUGCAGCGUGGUUGCCUCUGGGUGAGCCUUGGCUUGCUUCAGAUUCAGACCUGGCUUCCCCAGGCCCGCUUUGACCCUGCAGUGAAGAGGGAAUACAAGCUCAAGUACACAAAGGAAGAGUUACUUAGGCUGCAGUGUGAGUGGAAAACCCGGAACCUUUCAUCCCAGCUACAGACUGGAAGAGACCUGGGAGACGACAUCAUUAUCACUUACUCUCAUCCUCACAUCAGGUUGCUUCGUCAAAGGAUUGAAGAGUUGGAGAAUUUAAUGUGCAAGCUGUCAAAGAAGCAGGCCUUUAGACCCCAGCUGCCUGCCUAUGAAUCCCUGGUACAGGAGAUCCACCACUAUGCCACCAGCAUUGCCAAAGCACCAGCUGUUCAGGAUCUGCUCAGCAGGCUCCUGCAGACCCUUCUUGCUGAUGGACCACGGUCUGCCCAGGUGACCCAGAACCUUCUGAAGGAGGAGGCCUCUUGGCAACAGUCACACCAUCAGUUCAGGAAGCGGCUGGCAGAGGAGUACACCCUGUAUCCAGAUGCAGUGAUCCCACUGCAGGCGUCCAUCUUGCAGCUACAACAUGGCAUGAGGCUAGUAGCAUCUGAGGUCCACACCUCACUACAUAGCAAUGUAGUCCGUCCAGAUUGGCUGGGGGGCCUGGCCACAGCCUUGUUGGCUUUCCCAUCGAUAGGACCCCACUUCCCGACCUACUAUGCACAUGCGGAUGCUUUGUGCUCUGUGAAGUCAAAGGAAGUUCUGCGAGGCCUUGGGAAGCUGGUCCUCAGGCGCUCAGGAGGAAAGGAGCUAGAAGGCAAGGGCCAGAGACCGUGCCCCACCCGUGAGCAGUUGCUGAUGAAUGCCCUCCUUUACUUGCGCUGCCAUGCACUGUGCAAGGGAGAGCUGGACCAGCGGGCCCUGUCCCUCUUCCGACAUGUGUGUCAGGAAAUCAUCAAUGAAUGGGAUGAGCAGGAACGCAUGGCCCAAGAAAAGGCUGAGCAAGAGAACAGCCUGUACAGAUACAGGAGCAGAAACUCGAAGACCAUGUUGAGUGAGGAGGAGGAGGAGGAACAGGAAUUUAGAAGGCGGUUCCCUCUGCAUGAAAAGGACUUUGCAGAUAUUCUGGUAGACCCAUCACUAGAGGAGAAGAAAAGAACUUCAGAUGGAAUAGAAGAAACAGCAGCCACAGAGCCAGCCCUUCUCUCCCAGAGUUCCAUGCAAGCAGUGCUGCUCAUCCACCAGCAGCUGUGCCUUAGCUUCGCUCGCUCCCUGUGGUACCAGCAGACGGUUCCUCCACACAAGACAGAGCAUUACCUCAGCCUGUUUCUGUCCUGCUAUCAGACUGGGGCGUCUCUACUGACACACUUCUAUCCUCUGAUGGGAGUUGAAUUGAAUGACCAGCUCUUGGGCAGUCAACUUUUGGCCUGCACCCUCUCCCAUAACACUCUUUUUGGAGAGGCAACUUUGGAUCUGAUGGUGAAGCCUGACGGGCCCUAUGACUUCUACCAGCACCCCAAUGUCCCUGAGGCACGGCGGUGCCAGCCUGUGCUUGAAGGUUUCUCGGAGACUGUCAGUCAGUUGCUGCAGGACUGGCCAGAGCACCCAGCACUUGUGCAGCUGCUGGUUGUAAUGGACAGGAUUCGCAGUUUCCCACUUUCCAGUCCCAUCUCAAAGUUCUUGAAUGGCUUAGAGAUUCUUCUAGCAAAGGCACAGGAUUGGGAGGAGAAUGCGAGUCGAGCACUGUCUUUGCGGAAACAUCUUGAUGUGGUCAGCCAGAUGAUCAUUCGGUGGCGUAAACUAGAGCUGAACUGUUGGUCCAUGAGCUUGGAUAAUAUUCUGAAGCACCACACAGAGAAGUCCACCAGGCACUGGUUCUCCAUCUAUCAGAUGCUUGAGAAGCACAUGCAGGAACAAAACGAAGAGCAGGAAGACAAACAGAUGACCUUGAUGUUGCUGGUCAGCACACUGCAAGCAUUUAUUGAAGGAUCUUCACUGGGAGAAUUUCAUGUGCGACUUCAAAUGUUGCUGGUUUUCCAUUGUCAUGUCUUAUUGAUGCCACAAGUUGAAGGAAAGGAUUCACUUUGCAGUGUGCUGUGGAAUUUGUACCAUUAUUACAAGCAGUUCCUUAACCGGGUCCAGGACAAAAUUGUGGAGCUUCGUUCCCCUCUAGAAAAAGAACUCAAAGAAUUUGUUAAGAUUUGCAAGUGGAAUGAUGUCAGCUUCUGGUCCAUUAAGCAGUCUGUGGAGAAGACACAUAGGACCCUAUUUAAAUUCAUGAAGAAAUUUGAAGCCGUGCUGAGUGAGCCCUGCCAGUCAUCCCUGGUAGAGAGUGCUGCAGAGGAACAGUCAGAUGUUCUGCCCAGGCCACCAGAGGCAACCAUGAGUGAAGUGUCUCCCAUUCAGAGUCUGAACAGGGCACUGCAGGAGACCCUUCUAGUCCGGCCAGCAUCCGCCCAGGUCAUGGUCCCAGAACAGUGGCUGGGUGCUGCCUCUCUCCCCCGGCAGGGGGCGCUUUUGCGCCGCCUGCCAAAGCUGACGAACAGAAUGAGGAAGAUGUGCCUGACGUUUAUGAAGGAGAGCUCCCUGCCUCACCUUGUGGAGAGCCUAGAUCAGUUCACAGGUGAAGUAAUUUCUUCUGUGAGUGAGCUGCAGAGCUUGGGGAUUGAGGCGACCACAGAGGAGAAGCGGCGCUCAGAAGCCAAGCACAUCCUCCUGCAGAAGCAGAGAGCUUUAGCCGACCUCUUUAAACACCUCGCAAACACUGGUUUGUCGUAUCGCAAAGGUCUGGCCUGGGCACGCUCCACAAAUCCUCAAGAGAUACUUUACCUUCACCCGUUAGAUGUCCGGAGUGCACUGUCCAUAGUCAGCUGCCCUCAGGAGGCUGAUUCUAGGCUGCUUACAGAAAUCUCAUCUUCAUGGGAUGGGUGCCAGAAGUAUUUUUAUCGCUCUCUCGCCCGGCAUGCCAGGCUGAAUGCGGCGCUUGCGGCUCCUGUCAAGGAGCUGGGCACAGGCCAUGUGGAGCGGUGUAAAGGGUUUUCGGCACAUUUGAUGAAGCUGCUCAUUCGCCAGCGGCGCUGGCUGACCACGCUGACUGAGCGGUGGAUCAUCCUCAGGAACCUUCUCAGCUGUAUGCAGGAGAUUCGGGACAGACUGACAGUGCCCCCAGCCUACCCCAUGGCCUUCCCGCCUCAGGACGGAGUACAACACUGGACAGAGCGGCUGCAGCACUUGACCAUGCAAAGCCAGAUCCUCCUUGAGCAGCUCUCCUGGCUCUUGCAGUGUUGUCCCAGUGCAGGACUACCAGCCCGUGAUGACAGCCAGGCUCAGGGUCUGCCUUCUACCUCCUUCCUGGAAACUCCUGAGCUUGCCGAGGGACAUCUUGCUACUGCAGCACCAAAACUCAUUCCUUCUAAUCUGAGCUACCCAUCCCCUUUACCUGAAAGUAAACUGCCCCCUGGCUGUCGUAUGAGAAAACAUGACCCGCUUUGGCAGCAGUCGACUGUGAGGUUAGCAGAGACACUCAAAACUGUUCAUGCAGUGAAAGCGGACAUUGACAGAAUUAGACAACAGUCCUGUGAAACUCUGUUUUAUUCCUGGAAAGAUUUUGAAGUUUGCUCUUCUGGGCUGAGUUGCCUGUCCCAGGUAUCAGCUCAUUUGCAAGGCCUAGAGUCCUUGUUCAUUCUUCCAGGGAUGGAAGUUGAACAAAAAGGUCCACAAAUGGCCUUAGUUGAAAGCCUGAAAUAUGUAAGAGAAGAAAUCAGUAAAGCUGUGGAUGACUUUACUGCUUGGAAAAACCAUCUGCUUGCUUCAGGCAGCCAGGGAGGGACGCAAAUGUUGGAUGAAGGAUUUGUGGAAGAUUUUUCAGAACAAAUGGAAAUUGCUAUCCGUUCCAUCCUGUGUGCCAUCCAGAGCUUAGCAGAAGGAAGCAAUGGAAAAACACAGGGCAACAGUGACCCAGCAAGGCCCCAAGAGGAGGAUGAAAAGACAGCAGCCCUUGAAAGACUGCAACCUGGACAUAUUACAAAACUUUUGGAAGAUGAUUUCUGGGCCGAAGUGAGCACUUUGCAUGUGCAAAAAAUCAUUUCCUGUGUAUCUGAAUUGUUGGAGAGGCUGAAAUCAUGUGGUGAGGAUGGCACCGCAGCAAAGCACACGUUCUUCAGGCAGUGCUGCUGCCUGCUGGUGCGCCUGGUGCCCAUGCUCUGCAGCUUCUCAGACCUCGUCCUUUUCUUCCUGACUGUGUCCUUGGCGACUCACCGGAGCACUGCGAAGCUACUGUCUGUGCUUGCCCGGGUCUUCACGGAGCUUGCCCAGAAGGGAUUUUGCUUACCCAAAGAAUUUAUGGAAGAUGCAACAGCAGGAGAGGGGGCAACUGAGUUCCAUGACUAUGAGGGAGGUGGAAUUGGAGAAGGCGAGGGCACCAGGGAUGUGAGUGACCGGAUAGAGAGUGAAGAGCAGGUGGAAGAUACAUUUCAGCAGGAUCAAGAAAAAGACAAAGAGAAUCCUGGCUCAAAGUCUGACAUCAAAGGUGAAGAUAACGCCAUUGAGAUGACAGAGGACUUUGAUGGGAAGAUGCAUGACGGGGAGCUUGAGGAACAAGAAGAUGAUGAGAAAUCAGACAAUGAGGGCAGUGACCUGGAUAAGCAGAUGGGUGACCUCAAUGGUGAGGAAGCCGACAAACUAGAUGAGAGGCUUUGGGGUGAUGAUGAUGAGGAGGAGGAAGAUGAGGAAGAAGACAGUAAAACGGAAGAAACAGGACCAGGAAUGGAUGAGGAAGAAUCUGAACUUGUUGCUAAAGAUGAUAACUUAGAUUCUGGAAAUUCUAAUAAAGAUAAAACCCAGCGAGAUAAGAGGGAAGAAAAGGAUGAAGUAGAAGCUGAUGAUGGUGGACAAGACCAGCACAAAAUUAAUGAGCAGAUAGAUGAGAGGGAGUAUGAUGAGAAUGAGGUAGACCCUUACCAUGGUAAGGAAGAAAAGCUGCCUGAACCUGAGGCCUUGGAUCUUCCCGAUGACCUGAACCUUGACAGUGAAGACAAGAAGAAUGGUGAGGACACAGGCAGUGAAGAUGGAGAAGAGGAGAAUCCCUUGGAAAUCAAAGAAAAACCAAUGGAUCUGGAAGAAGCCAGUCAAGAAACUGAGGGAAAAAAUGGGGAGAAUGAGGCUGAUGAACAUGCUGAAGGCCAGAGUUCACGUGAGCCUGAGGAAGGCACUGGUGAAGAUGACAAAAUGGAAGGGGAGGAGGAGACGGACACAGGUGCAGGGAGUCCAGAGGGAGAUGCUGCUGAGCAGCCCGAAGAAAAUCCGGAGGACCAGCAGCCGUCUCGGGAGGAAGACGACGCAGAAGCCAGUGAGGAUGGUGGCGAGGAUGGCCUCCCUGCUGACCAGGGACUUCAGCCCCAGAAGCAAGCUGAAGAAGAGGAGGAGGACAAGCAGGAGGAACAGGAGUCAGACAUGGAACAGCAGGUGGCAGAGGCCACUGAGAGGAAGGAGCACGCUUCCUGUGGACAGACAGGAUUGGAGAACAUGCAGAGUGAACAGGCCGUGGAGCUGGCUGGGGCUGCACCCGAGAAGGAGCAGGGCAAGGAGGAGCAUGGGAGUGGAGCUGCAGAUGCCAACCAGGCAGAAGGCCACGAGUCCAACUUCAUUGCCCGGCUGGCUUCCCAGAAACACAGCAAGAAAAAUACACAGAGUUUUAAGAGGAAACCCGGGCAGGCUGACAAUGAACGGUCCAUGGGAGAUCACAAUGAGCGUGUGCAUAAGAGGCUGCGGACAGUGGAUACAGACAGCCCUGCUGCCGAACAGGGGCCAGCUCAGCCCCAGGCCCAGGUGGAGGAUGCAGAUGAAUUUGAGCAUAUCAAACAAGGCAGCGACACAUAUGAUGCACAGACCUAUGAUGUGGCCAGCAAGGAGCAGCAACAGAUGGCCGAAGGUUGUGGGCAGGAUGAGGAGGAGCUAGAGGACACCAUGAUGGACAUGGAGGAGCAGGAGGAACUCCAGGCGGCAGACACCGAGCAGCUGCAGCCAGAGGAUGUCAAGUCAAGGAUCACAGCGACCUCUGGCUCUGAUGAGAUGGAGACGGAGGCUCAGACCAUUAAAACAGAAGACGACCAAGACCGCAGGACGGACAGAUCGCACCAGGAGACAGAGAAUGAGAAACCAGAGAGAAGCAGAGUAUCUACCAUCCAUACAGCCCAGCAGUUCCUCAUGGACCCAACUUCCCAGCCCUUUUUAAAAGAUGUCAGUGAGCUAAGAGAGGAGCUGGAGAAACAGCUGGAAAUGUGGCAGCCACAUGAACCUGGAAACCCAGAGGAAGAGAAGAUGGCAGCUGAGAUGUGGCAGAGUUACCUGGUCUUAACUGCACCUCUUUCGCAGCAAUUAUGUGAGCAGCUUCGUCUCAUAUUAGAGCCUACCCAGGCAGCCAAGCUCAAAGGCGACUACCGUACUGGGAAGCGACUGAACAUGCGGAAGGUCAUCCCAUACAUUGCUAGUCAGUUUCGGAAGGACAAGAUUUGGCUUCGAAGGACCAAACCCAGUAAACGGCAGUAUCAGAUUUGUUUGGCUAUCGAUGACUCUUCUAGUAUGGUGGACAACCAUACCAAGCAGCUUGCAUUUGAAUCGUUGGCUGUGAUUGCAAAUGCUCUUACCCUCCUGGAAGUGGGCCAGGUCGCAGUGUGCAGUUUUGGAGAGUCUGUCAAGCUGUUACAUCCAUUCCAUGAGCAAUUCAGUGAUUACUCAGGCUCCCAGAUCCUUCGGCUCUGCAAAUUCCAACAAAAGAAAACCAGGAUUGCUCAGUUUCUAGAAUCUGUGGCCAGCAUGUUUGCAUCUGCUAAGCAACUCUCACAAAGCACCAGUCCAGAAACUGCGCAGCUGCUUCUGAUAGUCUCUGAUGGAAGAGGCCUUUUCCUGGAAGGCAAGGAAAGAGUCCUGGCAGCAGUGCAGGCCACCCAGAAUGCCAACAUCUUCGUAAUUUUUGUUGUGCUGGACAAUCCCAACUCACGGGAUUCUAUUUUGGACAUUAAAGUACCGAUAUUUAAAGGACCUGGGGAGAUGCCCGAAAUCCGAUCUUACAUGGAGGAGUUCCCGUUCCCAUUCUAUAUCAUUCUUCGAGAUGUGAAUGCACUUCCUGAGACCCUCAGCGAUGCCUUGAGGCAGUGGUUUGAGUUGGUGACAGCCUCGGAUCACCUGUAGAUCCAAGAGAGUGCUCCAGAGGGACAACCCUGCACGUAUUCGCCACAAUCAAAAUGUUACUUCUUGCCCAAGGGUUUCGCUUGGACAACUGUUAUCUGAACUCAGCUCUAAAAUAUGCUAUUCUUAUGCAUAAUUUAUAAACUUGGUAUCCAACAGUAAAAACAUUUUACUGCAAUGUAUGUUUUUAUUUUACAGUAUAAUCUCAGAGCUUAGAGAAAGCUCUUGGGCAGUGAAGGAGCAGCAGGGAUCACCCUGGGAACUAGGGCAGUGUUGCCCUCGUUCCCCAUGCUGGCAGCCAAGCCGGAGGAGAGGCCACGCACCAGCACCUGGAGUAUACUGCAAGUGUGGCCCCCACAGGGGCUCUGGACAUCUGCCAACAAGAUGUGCUAGUCCCUUGGAUAGAGGACUCUAGCCAGCCGUCCUUUUGACCCUGCUCUCAGCUUUGCCUCGUCAAGCCCACCCAAAACUCCUUAUUGUGAAAGGAACUCUUUUCCUUGAAGGCAGGGAACUUUGUGUGUGCUUUCACAAAGCAACUGGACAUUAUGGGAUGCCAAGCAAUCAGCAAAAUGAAUCUUGGCCACCUUAACACAGUGACUAUUUUGUGUCCUUCACUUUUGCUGCUGUAGAAGACUAUGCAAUGAUGGAAAGAUGGCUGUCUUUAUUUCAUCCUCUAAGUGCCAUGGUUGCCUGUUGUAGUAGUAAUUUAUUUAUGUAGUUCUUUUUUUCCUUAAAGGGAAAAUCAUUCCUCACACUGCUCAAGCUAGACUGAGUCUGUCUGACGUUGGAAAGAAAUGCUGUGUCCCCAUUAACUAAACAGCUACAACUCCACGCCCUAGUCAAAAUGACAUCAGUGGGUUUGAGGCAGCUUUCAGCUUAGCCAAAAAGCAGUGUGCCUGGAUACUUGAAGAUGUGUGCAGUGUUGUGUUUACUCUUCCGUCAAGUGUUUUGUAGGCAACAUGCCACGAUGUGCUUGUCUGUCUCCACCUCUGUUGCCAUUUUCCACUGUGAAAUGCGCCACCCUUUGAGGUGCUUGUCACAUUGCUUGUUGUUUCACCAAAUGUUCUAAAGCAUGUACCUGAAGUUAGAAUACUGUUAUUUUUUAUUCUAAAAAGCUAUGCAGCUUAUAUUCUUAAAAUUAUUAAAACAUGUACCA